AUGACCGCGGGUGUCGUCGAAGAUUCAGGCCUCACGUCGCUCGCCCUGGCCAGCAUCGCUCACUCGCGAUCAUCACCACCCUCGAGGAGUUCUGUACAGAUCAAACCUGCGCUACGUCGACCCCUGCGACGACACCACCGACCCUGGGAGGAAGACGAAGAGGAUGAUGAUGCAUCUUCCUCAACAUCCUCACCAUCGUCAUCAUCAUCUACGGCCGAGAGCUGGACCAACCACGGCGUACCCCAGGACCUGACGUCGCGUCAUCGGCCUCUUCCUCAUGACCGAAAAAGGACCAGCAGGCGAGUAAACGUAAAGCUCGAAACCGACCUGGGAGGCCCUCGGGACCACCUUCAUCAACAAGAUGAGGGCGAUCGAGCUGCAGCUCCAGCUACCAGGACGAGAGCUGGACGGUCGAGGGCCAAGCGCGUCAAGGUCGAAGAAGAGCCCGCCCAACUACUAGGUGAAACGCGAGACCGCGCAGAGCAAGAAGAAGAAGACGUACUAGCACGACACGCGACAGAGCCUAGGGGCAAGGCGUCGCCCAUGAGCCGUCCAGUGCCUGCAUCACCUUCGCGACUUCCAUCUCUGCCCUCGCUACUUCUUCCCUCCGCCCCCUUCCAACACCCCUCGUCGCACCCUCUUCUUCCCACGAUGGCCGCUACACCGACCAUCUUCACCCCCUCGCCUCCUUCUGCACCAUCUUCCUCUUCCCUGGCACCGCAGACGAGCUACUACGAUGCGGCGGUCCUACACUACUACCUCUCCCUGGCGGCCUGGUACUCGCGCCCUCAACCAGACCAACAGCAGCCGCAACAUCCCUACCCACACCUUCUACCCGCGAUCAGCAUGUCGUCGACCACGACUUCUACGGACGAGACGGACAAGCUCGCCCUGGCCGCCGAGAGAAGGAGGCGCCGCUCGCUGACGACACCGACAGCGACGCGUUGGGACGACCGCCAACCGCUCCCCGAGCAGCGAAGCCCUCCGAGCUACGCCGGCCAGCAGGCAAAGAGCGAAAGCGACAACUACAAGAAGGAGAAGAACGAAGAGCCGACGGCGGGUGGUGAAGGCAACGAGCGCCAGGCUACGUGGCGAGACAGGCAGGGCUGCUUCACCUUCCACACCCUGGAGUCUCUCGAGGCGAGCAAGAAGAAAGGAGGCCGGGUGAGGUUGAAGUGGCGGAAAGACCCGUAG